ACAACACAUGGAAGCAAGUGUGGAACCUAAUGAAAAUUUUAUCAUACAUUAUGAUGCCGUUGAACAUGUGUCCAAAGUAUUAAGAAUCCUCAAAACAAAGGCUCAUAUAACUUUGGUUGGUAAUGUAGGGAGCGGCCGCGAAACAAUAUGCCGAAUAGCAGCCCAUGUCACGAGGAACACAUCUCUCAAGAUAAUGGAUCUACCGUCCUCUGCUGAGGAAGAAAAUGUAGAUACGAGCAUGACUAACCUUUUUGAAUGCUGCAAGCAUGGUCGAACAUUGUGUGUAGUCAGAAUAGACCAUUUUAAAGAGAUAAAUACAAACCUACUUGACAUGAUCAACAGUAUUAUUGUGAACGGAACUAUAGAAGGCUAUUAUCCAUGCUCUAAGAACUCAAACAAUAUGGUAUCAGAAUGUACAUGGCUGCAAAUAAGAAAUAAUUUACAUUUUGCACUUCUUGUUCCGGCGGAUAGGUAUCAAUACUGGGCUAUUCAACAGACGUACCCAUCCAUGAUGUCCAAAAUCACAAAAAAUUGCAUUCAUACCCUGACAGAAAAGAGUUUACACGAAAUAUCUGAAUCUUAUGUGAAGAAAAAAAUUACUUUUGAUGUCCCAAUUAUUCAAGAAUCAACAAACGAAUCCUCAAAACCCAAACAAACACGAAAACGUGAAAGUUUAGUGCAAAGCACUGAAGAACGUUUGCAAAUCGCAGUACACGAAGCUGUAACAAGGGUACAUUCAGUAGUUUCUCAAGAAUUGAAAAGUUUGAACUCAAAUAUACAUGUACUCGACAGUUGGUACUUUGAACUACUUUUCACUUUCAACAGAAUAUUUCAUAUCAAACGAGACAGCAUAGCCAAAAUUUUCAAAAAAUUUUCGAAUGGAAUUUUUCGCAUCAAAGAAGCAACGGAGAAUGUUGCUGAACUAAAAGUAGAUUUGGAGAAACAACAGGAGCAAAUAGAAAUUUACCAACUGGAAUUAAAUGAGUUUAUUGAAAAUAUCCAAACUCAAACGGCAAACGCUGAUUUACAAAAUCAGGAAGUUGCAGAAAAGAGAGAAAAAAUUGGUGCUGAAGAAAUUAUAUGCAAGGAGCUGGCAGCUAUCGCUGAAACGGACUUAAACAAAGCAAUGCCAGCAUUGAAUUCUGCAAUAGCUGCAUUAGAUUCUUUAAAUAAGAAAGAUAUGAACGAGAUCAAAUCAUAUGCACGGCCCCCUGUUAAAGUUGAACUCGUUUUGAAUGCCGUAAUGAUAUUACUAGGGAAGGAACCAUCAUGGACAGAAGCAAAACGGCAAUUAGGAGAACAGAAGUUUUUAGAUACUUUAAAAAAUUACGAUAAAAACAACAUUCCGGAGAGUACACUCAAAACAAUUGGAGGUUUUGUGCGAAAUCCUGAACUAGAGCCAAAUAAAGUUGGAUUAGUGUCAAAGGCAGCUAAGUCACUAAUGCUAUGGGUACGAGCAAUAGAAAAUUAUGGCAAAGUAUACAAGUACGUGGGUCCAAAGAUCAGAAGAAUGGAAGAUGCCACAAAUUCAUUGCGAGAAAAACAACAAUCAUUGCGAGAAGCUGAACAACGAUUGAUUGAAUUGGCUGAGCAAUUAGCUAAACUUAGAGAAGAGUAUGACAUCAAAAUGGAAUGCAAAUAUGCGUUAGAAGAAAAAGCCAAAGCAAUGCGUAUUAAACUAAAACGUUCGGAAACGUUGAUCGACGGACUAAGUGAAGAAAAUACACGUUGGAAAAAUACAGCUGAUGAACUCAAAACUCAACAUUCGCACCUCAUAGGAGAUUCAAUUAUUGUUGCGGCGGCCCUUGUGUAUUUUGGAUCAAUACCAUUUGCUAAACGAUAUUCUCUGAAGAACCAAUGGGCGAUCGAUCUUGAAGCACUAGAAAUAUCUUUCACUGAAAAUUGUGGCACAUUUAGUUACUUCUAUUCUGUUGAUACUUUACGAAAAUGGCAUUCAUCUGGACUACCCAAUGAUGAUUUGACUGUAGAAAAUGCAACAAUACUACUAAAUAGCAGCUUUCGAUCUCCACUAGUUGUAGAUCCUCAAGGAGAAAUCCGUCGAUGGUUGAUUCAAGAAGAUCCCAAAUUGAUCAGUUAUAACCUCGACGAAGACGUUGUACAAUCCCACAUAGAAACAUUUGCGUACAAUAAUCAACAUAUUCUAGCGGUAAACUUGCGAGUGCCCAAUAUAAACCACUUCAUUCAGUUACAAAACUAUCACAUGAAGCAUCAUAACGAAAAAUCCGAUACAACAUUGAAGAAUAGUACCCUGGUUGCCGUUACUGCCGAGGAUGUCCCGUAUCGUGACAAGCUGAAGAAAAAUGCCAACAUGAUCAACUUUAUUCUGGAUAAAUCAGGACUGGAAGUCAAACUAUUAGUAACCUUAAUCAAACACGAAAACCCAUCUCUUGAGGAGCGUAAGGAUGGACUAGAACAAUCGAUUAUAUCAAGCAACGAAACCCUGAGGGAGUUAGAGGAAAAUAUAUUGAGAAUUUUGAAUCACAGCCUAUUGCCGUUGAUCGAUAAUGACGAAUUAUAUGAUACAUUACAAAUAUCUAAACAAACCGCAAGCACUGUGACAGAUGUACUGAAACAUGCUGAACUGACUAAAAAUGAUAUUGAAGCAUCUCGAGAGAUUUAUAGAUCAUGUGCCGCAAGAGCUUCAUUAUUAUUUUUCAUUCUUGAAGACCUCAAGUACAUUAAUGUAGCAUACCGGUUUAAACUCGAUUGGUAUAUAUCAUUAUUCGAGAAGUCAUUAGAAAAAAGUGGAAAAGAUCAGAAUAUUGAGGAUCGCAAGAAAAAAAUCAUCAAUUACCACACUUUUAAUUUAUUCAGAUAUACGUGUGCCGCACUGAGUCUACCAGAUCAAACUAUUUAUGCAUUUCAUCUAUGUGUUUGUAUAUUGCUUGAAGCUGAAGUCGUAAGUCCCAGAGAGUUUUCGUUUUUUCUAAAUGGAGCUGGAAAAAUCGACAGGCAUGAGCAAAUAGAAAACCCAAGCUCAGAUUGGAUCAAUCCCCUACAAUGGGAUAAUAUUACGGAAUUGGACAAGCUACCCGGGUUCCGUGGAAUUGUACAGUCAUUUGAAGAAAUCAACGAAAGUUGGAAGACAUGGUGCUUAGCAGAAUUCCCUGAACAAGAAACCCUUCCAGAAAGUUGGGAUAGAAAUCUUACUCUUUUCCAAAAAUAUACUUUAGUCCGAAGCAUACGAUUGGAUAGAAUUGUCCCAUGCAUGAAAAGCUUUGUGGCAACUAAUCUAGGAAAAAGAUUCGUUGAGAAUAAUUCCGGAUCACUUCAAGACUUUUUAGAAAUGUCAACUCCAGCUACACCAAUUAUUAUUGUUUCGGAUGAUGAAGGCAACCCCCUGGAUGAAUUAGAUAAUCUUAUCAAAUCAUACAAAGACAAAUCAAAUAGAAUUGUUCAACAUGUCGAUAUGGAAACAGAAUCUUUUGCAAGCACUGUAAAGCAUCUGAAAAAUUGUGUGAAAUCACAAAACUGGUUAUACAUAGAUCAAUGCUGGCACUCAAAACAAUUUGUGGCUAAAUUUGAUUAUAUUCAGCAGUACCUGAGUAUUAUAGAUCCAAAAUCCGAUUUUCGUCUAUGGAUAGUAAUGCAGAACAAAAGAGCACAAUUACCCGUUCAUAUGCUGCAAAAUUGCCUAAAGUAUAUGUGCAACUAUCCAACAGGUAUAAAGCACAACAUGAAAAGGAUCUUCGAGCAAAUUGGGGAAGAGUCAUUUAAAAAAAUUGAUAAGUCCAAAUAUCAUUUAAAUCAUAAAAAACUGAUAUUUGCGUUGGCGUUUUUCCAUGCCUUACUGAUUGAAAGAAACAAGUAUUUCGAUUUAGGAUGGAAUAUGCAAUACAACUUUACAGCAAUGGAUUAUAAGCUUUCAGAACGAUUAUUGGCUUACAGCUUCGAUAAAUUAAUGGACUCAAAACAUAAAAAUAAGUCACAAUCUAGCAGUGUUGUUGAUUGUAGAUCCUCUUCAAACGAAGGUGGAGAUGGUUUGCAAUGGCCCUUCAUCAGAAACAUUGUACUUCAGGUUGGAUAUGGAACACAAUUCACCGACACCUGGGAUCAACGAAUUUUUGAAACACAUUGUAAAAAUAUCUUUCAUAAGGAAUCAAUUGAAUCAUCACAGUGUGCUUUAAUACCACAUGAAGAUCCGUAUCAAAUCCCACGGAAUGGAAAUUUUACGUCAUAUUUAAACUUCAUAAAAACCCAACUGCCCCAGGAAGACGGCACCAAGGUGCUCGGACAACAUGAAAACGCAAACAUUAAAUAUUUGGAAUCUCGUUCAGCGUACGCUCUGAAGAUGCUUUGUCUUGUGCAAUUGCAUGGGGAAGUUGCAGUAUAUGAUCAGCAGCAUGAAGUAACAAAUCUAGAUAAGGCGAAGAAAAUAAUGCUAGAGCUGUUGGCGAUGCUUCCUGUACGACUAGAUUACGAUAACGCUACAAGAAUAGUGGAGGUGAAUAAAACGCAUGUGAACACCUGUUUGCUGUACGAAACAAAUGAAUAUAACGCGGUGCUUGAUCAGAUUAGGAGAAAUCUUGAAAUAACUUUGAAAAUGUUAUCUGGUGAAAUAAGCAUCACCUCUGAGUUGCUCAACCUCUUGCAAGAUUUGCAAAACAACAGAAUUCCCUCGGCAUGGAGGUCUCAAUCAUAUCUAUCCUAUUCUACAAACAAACACCUUUCUGAUUGGAUUCUUGAACUGAAACGUCGAGUUAACCAUUUGCGCAAAUGGACUGAAACGGGUCAACUAUCAGCAGAUUUUACUUUAGGAUUAUUACUGAAUCCCAAGUUAUUUAUUCAAAGCGUGAUGAGGAUGCAUGCUGAUUUGUACAAAAUUCCAUUGGUUGACCUUACUUGGGAAGUUUCAGCACUUCAAGCAAUGAAACCAGUAAUUCGAGUACCGAUACAGGAUGGAUUUAUAGGACGUGGUUUUUAUCUAUACAAUGGUGGUUGGGACAUACAAGACCAGUGUCUAGCGGAGCCAAAACUGUUGAAACUCAUUAAUCGCAUGCCUCCAAUUCUGUUUAAACCGAUACGAAGAAAAGAUCGCAAAGCCAAAUCUGGUUAUCAGUGCCCUUGCUAUUACAAUUCAAGAAAAGAUGCAGGCUCAUUCAUAAUGGAAAUUGAGCUAAACCCUGGAAGCAAUGUGAUGGACACCUGGAUCAAAAUGAAUACUUGCAUGUUGCUUAAUGAAUAAAAAUUGAUUUAAAAUGAUUGCCAUUGAGAAAUUAUCGUCAUUUUAUUUGUAU